AUGGACAAGUUACUGCGAGAGCUGGCAAAGUUCAAGAAUGACGAGCCUUAUUAUAUCGGAGUGCCUAGCGAGCGGUCUGACUGGUUCGUUGAAAGGAAUGAAAGUAUGACAUACGGGGGAGGUGCCGUGUUCGUUACUCAAGCAAUGGCAGAGAUGGCUGCAUCCUGUUUCCGAAAAGACAAAAGGGACAACGAGUUCGGUUCCGGGUCCGCCUGGGAUGCGGUGCUUUACGACUGUAUUUCCAAAAACACCGAGGAGAACCUGCACAUCCUUCCAAGCUUCUACUCACCGGAAGAUGAUCAACGCUAUGGACAGGAGACUAUCAGCAAUGAGGGCUAUGGCGGUGGUAUACAACCUCUCACACUCCACCACGCUCGAAAUUGGCAUCGGUUCGAAGCAGGAAAAGGGCAUCUGGUGACAUCCGUGUGCGGAGAAGACUGCUUCUUGCAACGAUUUCAAUUCAAGGAUGACUGGAUCCUCGUCAAUGGAUACUCCAUCACAAAUUUCCCCGACGGCAUGGAUGCGAUACCGUUAAAGAAGGGCUCAAAGCUGCUUACUCAAGAUUCGCGCGACGCAAAGCCAAUCAAGAUCCACGAGAGUAUAGUCCUGGACAGCACCGAGCGCCUAGCUGAGACCGCAGACAUGAAGAUGAUCGUGUGGACGGGGAGGAAACGUGUUUGGAGGCUGGCAGACUCGAAGCUCCUGGACAAUGGGGAAGUCUGGCAGGCUUAUAUCAAGAGAAAGGAUGGAGGAAACUGGGACGAUUAUGUUGAUAGGCGGCUAUCGGGCGAUAGAAUUCACUCCGAUGAGGAGAGGACAGAUAGAGAUUCUGUCAUUGUACUAAUAUGGGAGCCAUGA